AUGUCAGAUGCCUAUUUAAAAGCUUCAACAUCUUUUUAACCUUAUAACAAUUAGAAAUAAGAUACUUUUUCUGUAGAUGUAUCGAUGGAUCCUUUUCGAUUGCAUAGGCCCGUAAUAAGAGUUUAAACAUCUUUCGAAAAAAUUAUGUAAUAUUAGUCUACUGAUAAACCUUUUUCACCAAUUCCACAUUGUAAUAGACAUUUGUUAUUUUUUUAGAAAUUCAAUCUUCAUUUGAUGGAUAAGAGAUGUGUUACUUGAUGAAUAGCCAAAAUAAAUGUUCAUUCAAUAAUUCAUUAGAUAGCAAAUAAUGGUUUCAAAGGCCAUUAGACAUUUAAAAUUCAUAAUGUAAGUAAUCUGUAAAUAUUCCACUCUAAUUUGCUUCACCUAAAGCAUCAUAAGGAAAUAAAAAUGAAAUAGCACAGUAGAAAUAAAAUCAAUCUAGAUCAUAAAAAAAACAUUUUUAAAAAGAAUAACUUAAAUUUUUUAAGGAAGAUUCCGUCUAGAGUGAAGAAAUAAAUCAUCAGGAAGAAAGCAGCAUAGAAUAUAAACCAAAAAAAAAAAAAUAAAUAAAAAAUAAGCGACAAAAGCAUACAAGUGAUAGUUCUGAAUCUUUUAGGAUAUGUAGAAAAAAGAAGAUAUCUAAAGUCAAUGAUACUAAAAAUAUCACUAAAAAUUAUUCAAAAGCUAUUAUUUCAUAUAUUUUCAAUAAUCCUCAAGUUGUUUAAAGACUUAUGCAAAAACAUAGAUAUGAUGACUUAGUAAAUUUCUUAAAAAACAAAAAAAAUUCAAUGACAAAUAUCAAAUAAUUAAGAGAUUUAUGGUUGGAUGGGGGUAAAAAUGCGGAAUACAAUAGAGUUUUUAGGAUAAUAAGGUAAAUUUUAGAAAUAAUUUAGUUAAUUAUUCUUAAAAACAUAAGCAGUCUCCUAUGUAUACAAUUCUAGAAUUUCAAAUACGUAGUGGCAUUUAAAAUAUAGAUAUAAUCUACUAAGAGCUUUGAAAGAACCUGAAAAUUUCAAAUAUAUUAAAGAUAUUUGA